UUUGGGGUGCAUGUUGUGCAUGUUGUGGGUUCGGGGCUCUCUCGGUGCCCGCUUUGGGUUCUCUCUGUGCGGAGUUCGGGCCCGUCCCGAUGCGGGUUUCGUGUUCCCUCGGUGCGGGAUGUGGAUUCGGGCUGUGCGGGUGUGAGCGGGGAAUUCCUGGGGAGGGAUUUGGGGCUUUGGGAGUGCGGGGCUGGAGUUCUCCCUGUGCGGGAUUGGAGCUGGGUUGGUGCGGGAUUCGGGCUGUCCCGGUACCGGAUUCGGGUUGUCCCGGUACCGGCUUUGGGGCUGCCCCGGUACCGGAUUCGGGCUGUCCCGGUACCGGAUUCGGGGCUGUCCCGGUACCGGCUUUGGGGCUGUCCCGGUACCGGAUUCGGGGCUGUCCCGGUACCGGCUUUGGGGCUGUCCCGGUACCGGAUUCGGGUUGUCCCGGUACCGGAUUCGGGCUGUCCCGGUACCGGAUUUGGGGUUGUCCCGGUACCGGAUUCGGGGCUGUCCCGGUACCGGAUUCGGGUUGUCCCGGUACCGGAUUCGGGCUGUCCCGGUACCGGAUUCGUGUUGUCCCGGUACCGGAUUCGGGCUGUCCCGGUACCGGCUUUGGGGCUGUCCCGGUACCGGAUUCGGGCUGUCCCGUUGUUCCGUCUGAGCUCACCCAGCACUUUUUGGCCUCUCCCGGUACAGAACCCGAUCGCUCCCGGUGCCGCCUUUGGGCUUUUCCCACCUCUCCAUCCCCGCUCUCCCUGCUCCCAUUUCGGUGCCCCCAUCACCCCGACCCCCCCAUCCCAUGGCAGCCCCCGGUGCGGGCAGUUGCUGGCAGGACCCUCUGGCUGUGUCCGUCACGAUGCGGCUCCCGUUGUGCGGGUCGCGUUGCGGGCGGGCUCUGAGCGUCGUGUUCGUUCCGAGCCGCCCGGACGCUCCGUGCCCGGCGCUGCGCUGCCUGCGGGCCGCCUGCCGCCAGCUGCGGGGCCGGCUGUGCACGGUGCCCUUCGGCCUCUUGGCACUGGGGGACACCGCAGCCCUGGAGCGCUUCUAUAAUGCGGAUGUGGCCGUGGUGGAGCUGAGCGAUGCCGUGUGUCAGCCCUCGCUCUUUUAUCACCUGGGGGUCCGGGAGAGCUUCGACAUGCCCCACAACGUGCUGCUCUGCCCCCGCACCGCGAUGCCCGCACCGAGAGCCCUGCAGGAUGACAUCUGUCAGAAGAACUCGGACCUGUGCGGCAGUUACACCUUCAUCCCAUACACGGUGUCGGCCCACGGGGCGGUGCUGUGCAGCGAGGACGGCGCUGAGCCCCCCCAGCCCCCCGGCCACACGGAGCCCCUCACCCCAUUGACCACACGGCUCGUCCGGCUGCUGGAGCGCGUCCCCACCGACUCCUGCGGGUAUUUUCGGGAGACCCUCCGCCGCGAUGUCCGCCGGGUUCGGGAGCUGUUCCGGGGCGAGCAGCUGAGCCGGGAGCUCAGACGGAUCCAGCAGCGCCUGGACAGCGUGGAGCUGCUCAGCCUGGACAUCGUGGUCACCCUGCUCCUGUCCUACCGCGAUGCUCAGGAUUACGACUCCAUCAUCUCCCUGGUGGACACCCUGCGCUCCCUGCCCACCUGCGACGUGGCCGAGCAGCCCAAUAUUCGCUUCCAUUACGCCUUCGCCCUCAGCCAGCGGAACCGUGCUGGGGACCGUGAGAAGGCUCUGUUGGUGCUGCUGCCCGCUGUGCAGCACCAGGACACGGCAGCCCCCGACCUGCUGUGUCUGUGCGGCCGCAUCUACAAGGACAUGUUCAUCAGCUCUGGCCUCAGCAACACGGAGAUGAGGGACCGAGCGCUGCACUGGUACAGCAAAGCCUUCGAGCUGGAGCCCAGCCUCCACGCCGGCAUCAACGCCGCCGUCCUCCUCGUCGCCUCGGGCCAUCGCUUCCAUUCAUCGCCGCGGCUGCAGCACAUCGGAGUGAAGCUGAGCUGCCUGCAGGGCCGGCAGGGCAGCCCGGAGGAGCUGCGGCACUAUUGGGACGUUGGGUUCUGCUUAGGGGCCGGUAUCUUGGCCAAUGACAUGGGCAAAGUCAUCCAGGCCUCCGAGAAGCUGUACAAGCUGAAUGCACCGGGAUGGUACCUGGUGUCCGUCAUGGAGACGUUCCUGCUCUACAAGCACUUCCAGGACAGCCCGGCGCUUCCAUCAGCCCGGCAGGAUCUGGCUGAUUUCUGGCUGGGUUUCCUCCUCUCCUCCUGCCAACCCUUCGUGCCUGAGCAGCACUGCCCUGUCCUUAUCCUGGAGCACGGCAAGGUGCUGCAGCCGGCACGGCUGGAGGUGAGCGGGGCAGCAGAGGAGCCCGCUGUGAUGCUCAGCAUCGUGUGCCCCAUGGAGGAGAAAGAGGUGGCAAGCUGGAAUUUCCCACCUGCAGCCAUUGGGGGCAUCAGCAUCUGCAAGAGCGAUGAGCGGGGCUGCUUCCUCUACGUGCUGCGCACAGAGCAGGACUUCCAGCUCUACUUCCCCUCCCAGCAGCACUGCCAGUGGUUCUGUGAGCGGAUCCGAUCGUUCCUAUUGAAUCCAGGCGCUGAGGAGCCGCCCGGCAGCGCGCAGCCCGUCCUGGAGUACAGCUAUGAGUACAACGAGUCGGGAGAGCGCGUGGUGCUGGGAAGGGGAACUUAUGGGGUCGUGUACGCCGGGCGCUGCCUGGGCACACAAGUGAGAAUCGCCAUCAAGGAGAUCCCGGAGCGGGACAGACGAUACUCGCAGCCCUUGCACGAGGAGCUCGCCUUGCACAAGCGGCUGCGGCACAGGAACAUCGUGCGGUACCUGGGCUCCAUCAGCCAGGAUGGGUUCAUCAAGAUCUUCAUGGAGGAGGUGCCCGGAGGGAGCCUGUCGUCCCUGCUGCGCUCCAAGUGGGGGCCCCUGAAGGACAACGAGCCCACCAUCAUCUUCUACACCCGCCAGAUCCUCGACGGGCUCAGCUACCUCCAUGAUAACCACAUCGUGCACAGGGACAUCAAGGGCGACAACGUCCUCAUCAACACGUACAAUGGGGUGCUCAAGAUCUCCGACUUCGGCACCUCCAAGCGGCUGGCGGGGAUCAGCCCCAGCGCCGACAGCUUCACGGGUGGUUCACCCCGCAAUGGGAACCCGAUGGGGACGGAUGGCAGCGGGGGGUGCCCUGCCAUGCAGGGGGAUGGGGGCACAGCGGGCAGCUCCCCCCGCCCACAGUGCCAUGGUGAGACGGCAACGGGACACAGGGAAGGUCAAGCUGGGGUGGUCACCGGGUACGGCUUGGGUGGGCACCACUCCACUAUGCCAUACAUGCCAUGGGGCAGCCCUGCCCCACACUGCCCCACACUGCCCCACAGCAGCCCCAGCUCCGAGCUUCCCCUGCGCUCAUCCUCCCCCGAUGGCAGCUUCGUGCAGCAGAAGGACAUGGAGCAUCGCACCACCCUGCUGGGCAUCCUCAGAGCCGAGGCACCGCGCAUCACCGCUGCAAUGCAGGACAGCCAGAGUGCGGCAGGAGCACGGCUGAGCUCAGAGCACAUCACCCAGCUGCUGAGCUGCCUGCACAGCUACAUCCAGCACACACAGCAGCCCCGGCUGCACCGCGAGCUCCUGCAGCUGCAACGACAGCUGGAAAAGGAUGGGAUCAGUGCACAGCGACUGCAGGAACCACUGCUCUGCUUCCAGGAUGUGGUGACACAGCUGUUACGCCAUCACCACAUCAGGCCCCACUGGGUGUUUGCUCUGGACGCUGCCAUCAGCCGGGCAGUGCAGGCAGCCCUGGAUGUGCUGCUGGCAGCAGACGGCACCGAGGAUGCAGCUGACGGCCCCAUAGAGCGCAGUGCCAACAUGGGGAGCUCGGUGCUGCUGGAUGAGCUGCGCCGCCUCCGCGCACAGACGGGCAGGCUGCUCCAGCAGCUGGCUGACAAGGAGCAGGAGUGGCAGCGCUUGGCACAGCGGGUGCUUUGCUCGGGGGACAACACGCUGCCCCAUCUCACCCCACUGUGCUGUGGGGCAGACACCGCUGUGGGGCAGGGACCCUCAGCCCCACACCCUGAAUACAGCCCCACAGCCCGGGCUGACCCACUGCUCGUGGAGUGGCUGCAGCAGCACGGCACAGACCCCAGCACCACGGCCACGCUCCUGACCCACGGCUUCACCCUGUGGGACCUGCUGGGCAGCGCCACCCGCGACGACCUGUUGUACACGGGGAUGAGGCGCGGCUCUGCGUACCGCCUAUGGGCGGCCAUCGUGCAGCACCGCAGGGACCACGGAGCGGACGGAACAACGCGACCGUCGGAGCAAUAAACGGCAUCGAGGAGA